GAGUAGGCGGGGCCUAAUGAAAGAUGAUUUCCGUUGUAUUUUACUUGACAGUCAGCGGCGAUUGACGGGGUCCAUCAGAUCAGUGGCCGUUGAUGGACCAUCCCUAUGAAGACACGGCGUUACAAUGGGACAGAGUACCUCAGAAGAAGAGGGCCCAGGAGAAAUUCCAGAGGACGGGUUUAAUAACAUCAAGACGUUUGUGGAGGAAGAACUGCAGACGAGCAUGAUGGUGGGGAUGGUGAUUGGUGCAGGCAUCGCCAUAGUCCUCAUCGCCAUCCUCAUCUUCUUCAUCUUGCGGCGGAUUCAGCUCCGAAACCUCGAAGCUCAGGAGGCGCCCAAAUACCGCUUCCGCAAAAGGGACAAAGUCAUGUUCUACGGGCGAAAGAUCAUGCGUAAAGUCUCCCAGUCUACCUCUUCCCUCGUGGGUACGUCCUCCUCGUCUCGGCCUCGCCUAAAGAAGAAGCAGAAGAUGCUUAACAUUGCCAAAAAGAUCCUGCGCUUUAAAAAGGAGGUGCCCACCCUACAGGCCAAGGAGCCCCCACCAUCGGUGCUGGAGGCAGACCUCACCGAGUUCGAUGUGGCCAACUCCCACCUCCCCUCCGAGGUGCUCUACAUGCUCAAAAAUGUCCGUGUGCUUGGCCACUUUGAGAAGCCCCUCUUCCUGGAGCUAUGCAAACACAUGGUGUUUGUGCAGUUCCAGCAAGGAGAGCAUGUGUUCAGGCCGGGCCAGCCCGACAGCAGCAUCUAUGUGGUUCAGGAUGGAAAACUGGAAUUGUGCCUUACUGGAAUGGAUGGCAAAGAAAGCGUUGUGAAGGAGGUUUACCCAGGAGACAGUGUGCACAGCCUCCUCAGCAUUCUGGAUGUUAUCACAGGCCACCAGAAGCCUUACAGAACAGUGUCGGCACGGGCAGCAGAGGUUUCCACUGUUCUCCGUUUACCUGUAGAGGCCUUCCUGUCCAUAUUUGAGAAGUACCCUGAGAGCCUAGUGCGAGUAGUACAGAUUAUCAUGGUUCGUCUCCAAAGAGUAACAGUCCUGGCUCUGCAUAACUAUCUGGGCCUGACCAAUGAGCUCUUCAGUCAUGAAAUGCAUCCUUCACGCCUGCCGCCUCAGUCACCCCACCCGACUCGCACCAGUCCCGUCCGCCACGGCAAACGCUUUGGCAGCCUGACCGUGCCUGAGGAACACCGGGAAGCUGCCAUUAAGGGGGAGGCUCCAGGAGCAGAACAGGGCAAAGAUGGAACAGUGCCAGUCCUUAGCAGGACAAUCUCCAUGCCUGUGGACAUUGCUGGUAUACAGAAAAGUCUGAGAUCCGAUUUUGACAUGGCGUACGAAAGAGGAAGGAUUUCCGUCUCUGCUGAAGAAGGAAACACUCCUCCCACUUUCACUCGGUCAGUAUCUCAGGACCAACGUGAGAGGAGGGUGACUGUCGAUGAAGUUCCAUCUGGGAUUUACCUGUAUCCAGAGGAAGAACCGGCUGCGGACAAUAUUUUUACACCGGUGUCCAGUCGAUCCAACACAGCUCUGUUUGAGGAGGCUCAGAAAGAAGUCCUCAAACUCAUGAGGAUCGAGGAUCCAUCCCUGCUAAAUGGAAGAGUGACCCUGCACCAUGCAAAGGCUGGAGCUGUUUUGGCAAGGCAGGGGGACCAGGACGUCAGUCUGCACUUCGUCCUGUCGGGUUGUUUGCACGUUUACCAGCGGAUGAUCAACAAACAGGAAGCUGUGUGCUUGUUUGUGACACACCCGGGAGAGAUGGUGGGCCAGCUCGCUGUGCUCACUGGAGAACCUCUGAUCUUCACCAUCAAAGCUGUCCGAGACUGUACUUACUUGAAGAUCUCAAAGUCAGACUUCUAUGAGAUCAUGCGGGAGCAGCCCAGUGUGGUACUGAGUGCGGCCCACACAGUGGCCAUCCGAAUGUCUCCUUUUGUCAGGCAGAUGGACUUUGCUAUCGACUGGAUGGCUGUCGAAGCUGGUAGAGCCCUGUACAGACAGGAUGACCAGUCAGAUUGCACUUACAUUGUUCUGAAUGGACGUCUGCGUUCAGUCAUCCGCAAGGCAAAUGGCAAGAAGGAACUGGUCGGGGAGUACGGCAGAGGAGACCUCAUUGGUGUGGUGGAGGCCUUGACCAGGCAGCCACGGGCCACCACGGUCCACGCUGUGAGAGACACAGAGCUGGUGAAACUGCCCGAGGGAACACUCAACAACAUCAAAAGACGAUAUCCACAGGUGGUGACGAGGUUGAUCCACUUGUUGGGUCAGAAGAUUCUGGGGAACCUGCAGCAGGGCCGCGGGCCAUUCUCAGGUUCAGCCCUCAGUCUGCCCAGCAUGGCGACGAGUGCCGACGUCACCAACCCUGCGAGCAACCUCUCCACCGUGGCCGUGCUGCCGGUGUGCGACGAAGUGCCAAUCAAUGCGUUCAACCUGGAGCUCAGCCAUGCCCUCAGUGCCAUUGGACCCACCCUGUUGUUGACCAGUGACAUAAUAAGAGAACGUCUGGGUGCUUCAGCUCUGGACAGUAUUCACGAGUAUCGUCUCUCCGGCUGGCUGGCCCAGCAGGAGGACAUUAAUCGGAUUGUCCUAUACCAGACUGACAACAGCAUGACUCCGUGGACUCAGCGCUGCAUCCGCCAGGCUGACUGCAUCCUUAUCGUGGGCCUCGGAGACCAGGAACCUGCCCUGGGAGAGUUGGAGCAGAUGCUGGAAAACACAGCGGUCAGGGCUCUGAAGCAGCUGGUCCUUCUGCACAGAGAGGACGGGCCUGGACCCUCCAGGACGGUGGAGUGGCUCAACAUGCGGAGCUGGUGCUCGGGACAUCUUCACCUCAAAUGUCCCCGCAGGGUGUUUUCCAGGAGAAGUCCCAGCAAACUGAGGGAUGUGUAUGAGAAGGUGUUUGAGAAAACGGCAGACAGACACAGUGACUUCUCUCGGCUGGCCCGAGUGCUUACUGGAAAUAGCAUCGCCCUGGUGCUGGGAGGAGGCGGGGCUCGAGGCUGCUCUCAUGUGGGUGUGAUCAAGGCGAUGGAGGAAGCAGGGAUUCCUAUUGACAUAGUGGGCGGGACAUCGAUUGGCUCGUUCAUUGGUGCGUUGUAUGCUGAGGAGAGGAGUGCUGUUCGAACCAAACAGAGAGCCAGAGAGUGGUCCAAGGCCAUGAAUUCAGUCUUUAAAACCGUGCUGGAUCUUACCUAUCCCAUCACCUCCAUGUUCUCUGGCUCUGCCUUCAACACCAGCAUCUAUAAAGUGUUCCAGGACAAGCAAGCUGAGGACCUGUGGCUGCCAUAUUUCAAUGUCACCACCGACAUCACAGCCUCAGCCAUGCGUGUUCAUCAGGAUGGUUGCGUCUGGCGCUAUGUUAGAGCCAGCGCCUCCUACACCCCCUAUUUACCUCCCCUGUGCGACCCCAAGGAUGGCCACUUGCUUGUGGAUGGUUGCUAUGUUAACAAUGUCCCAGCCGACAUUGCGAGGAACAUGGGAGCCAGAACGGUCAUAGCCAUCGACGUGGGAAGCCAAGACGAGACCGAUCUCUGUAACUAUGGCGACUGCCUGUCUGGCUGGUGGUUGCUGUGGAAAAGGAUCAAUCCCUGGGCAGAGAAAGUAAAGGUACCCGACAUGGCAGAGAUCCAGUCGCGGCUGGCCUAUGUCUCGUGCGUGCGGCAGUUAGAAGUGGUGAAGAAGAGCGCCUACUGCGAGUACAUCAGACCGCCCAUCGACCGCUUCAAGACCAUGGACUUCGGCAAGUUUGAUGAGAUCUAUGACGUGGGAUACCAGCACGGCAAGCUGUUGUUCACUGGCUGGGCCCGAGGGGACAUCAUCGAGAACAUGCUGAAAGACCACCGCUCGGCCGAUUACAACGACGGCAAGAGAACAGACUCCUACACGUGUCCAGGAGCGGACUUCACCGACCUCGCAGAGAUUGUAUCCAGAAUCGAGCCGGUCCAAAGCUACGUAGCCCCAGAAGCCGAGGAGUCGGACUGUCUGACGGAGUAUGAGGAGGACGGGAUGGACACGGUGAGAGAGGAGGAAGGGGAGGAGGAGGAGGACGAGGCGGAGGACCCCGAGGACCACUCCCCCGGAGAGUGGGGACAGAACGGAGUAUUCCAGACUGAUGAGGAGAAAUCAGUGAGGCAACGCAGGAAACUGGCCAGCGACUCCAACGCCUCCGAGAUCUCCGACUGCUGACAGACGGCCUCGGAGUAGUCUCAGGACUGGAUCAGGUUCUGGGUCCAGACUUUCUGGAGGUCACGCUCACUCCCUGAAAACUCCAAAACUCCAAGCCCCCCCCCCCGAAAGGAGAGUCCACCCUUCAUUCUCUGAGCUACUGAAUCUUUUUCGCAUCUUUCUCAGCUUCAACUGACUUCCUCCUGAAACAUGUGAUCAAGAUUUGAAGGUUUUUUUUCCCCCUCUUUCUCAGAUUGAAAAGUGACACUCCGAACUUCACACUGAGCUAUUCAGACCGUCUGCAUGUCUCAUCAGCGUCUCUUCAUGUCCUCACCGCGCCGCGGCGCUGGGGACUGAACUUAUGCUCCACUGUCUUCAUUUCUUCUGUAUGUUCAUUAUGAGGAAUGUGAAUAUAUGAGCUGUGUGUAGGGCGAAUGUUUGGUUUACUGAAAAGAGACAGACAGAAGAACUGUAAGUACGAAGAGUUCCGGUUCCACAGCACAUGUAGGUAAUGCGGGAGACUGCUGGAUGAGAACUCGGGUUCUGCCACAACCGGCCGGCUGGACGGUCCAAACUACUUUAAUUUCAACCUGGAGUUUUGCCCGUUUGAAAAGAAGUACUGUUCCAAACUUCACACUGUAUUUCAGGUUGUUCACGCUAUGACUUAUUAAAAACAUUCAUCAGAUGUAAACAGUUACAGAAGGCUGGAAGCAAAGUGAAGACAGGAAAAGAAGUCAGAGCAGUGUCAGUUUAAUUUAUUGUCUGUUUUAAUUUAUUCCUGAUGCACGCACAAUGGGGUGGAUUUGUUGCGUUGUCAGUAGAACCGAAUGGAAGUUCAGUCUGGGAUGGCUUUCGGCAAGCGGAUGAAUGUGUGCGUGCGCGCGUGUCUACGCUUGAACUUUUAGUGUGUUUUUUUUUUUUUUUUGAGACGAUGCCAGAAAAAGACGAUGCCUUUUCAACCAGUGUUCGACCUGUGAACAUUUUGACUGACACUACAUGACCAACUAACGUGUGCCUGCGUCUGCUUGUACACGGACACACACACACACACACACAGUGCACUCAGGGUUCCUGCGUAUAACUUGACAACAUUAUGAAAAGGGCCUCUGCUUGUGGAUAUGAAGGCGUACCUCAGAGAGUAAAGUUACCCUAAACAUGAUCUUCAUAACCAUGCAAACGCAAAUAAAAAAAAGUGAGAGAGGUAGUUUUGAAUUGGAAAAUACGCAGAAAUCCCGAGUAAUCAUAAAACUUUCAUGGUCAGAAUCUCAUUUUGUGUAACACUGAAUUCAUAUGGACCUCUUGCAAUGGGAUUAUAUUAUAAACAAUGUUAAUAUUUAUAUAUGUAUAUGAGGUGGACAUUUGUAAGCUGAUGCUUUGCUGCAAAAUAAGGGAGCCUACACCUAAACAACAAAGAAACAAUGGUUAGUUCCUUUAACAUGAACUCGGUCGUCAUAAACAGUUGCCAGACUUGCUUUUUUUUAAUUUACAUGUGUUAACUAAUGGCUUUUUAAAUCGGGUGGGGGUAGGGGAGGUCUUAUUUGAAUUAACUUGGCUUUAGCUGUUUUGCACUGAAAUAUUUUUAGUAUUCCUUACUCUGGAGAUUUUUGAUUUAACAUUUACCAUCCACCUCGAAAUGUCAACGGAGUCUAAGGAAUUCAAAGAGGUUAUAAUUUAAUAUGCAUAUUGAAAAAUAAAAAUGAUAUGCACCCUG